AUUUAACAAGUUCCCUAGAUUAAUACUUAUUAACUACUUAUAUAUAUAUACAUAUAUACAAGAUACGCUGACCUGUAUAAUCCACAAUCUAUAGAGGUCAAUGAGGUGAAGGGAUUGCUGGUCUAUUUUAUUUUAUUUCUGUUGACAUAAGUAAAAGAAACUAUAAUAUUGACGUUGACGUUUGAAUACAAUUUUUUUACAAACGUUACAAAUUAUUUUCAGUCGACGCUUAAUUUAAUUAAAUAAGUCAGUAAUGGUGGUGACAAAAAAUGUGAAGCUACCGGAGUGCAACGAGCUGAUGGUGCCCGAGGUGGACCUGACGACUUCGACAUUGAUGAGCGCAGGGGCGCACCUCGGCAAAGACUGUGAGGCCGUAAACAAUGAGUUCAUGCUGUGCCGUUACGAGCUCAACGAUCCCCGCGCCUGCCUCGACCUCGGCAGGAAAGUCACCGCCUGCACACUCAACUUCUUCAGGAAAGUGAAGAAGAAUUGCUUAGAAGAGUUCAAGCAGUACUCCAACUGCGUAGACAAGAGUUCCGGAAAUUACUCGCUGAGAUAUUGUCGCAAAACUCAAGCCGUGUUCGAUGAAUGCAUGUUAAAAAAGUUGAAGAUUGAGAGACCGGAUUUUGGUUACUUUACUAGAGCUCGCGUGCACUGUAGCCCAAGCCCGGCGCCCGCUGCUCCGCCCUGCCCCUGCCAUAAAAAGUAUCCCGACGCAACACCCUCCCUGCCGGACUCCAGGCCACGCCCACCGGCUAGGUUCACUAGUCGCUACUACCAUGUCACUGAAUGAACAUGAUAAUAAAGUCUAUUAAUUCAUUUAAUAAUAUCUAUUUUUAAUAGUGCGAGAAAAGCAGGUACUUGGGCUUUUAUGA